GUGCAUGUACCAUGAAAUGCUGAAGUUAAAACAUAAAUAUAAAUUUCGCUUCCCAGUCAUCUGAAUUACUUGAUGGUUCAGUGUGAAGCUGGGAUGUUUCAUGUAGACAUAUAAACAAUUCUUGGUCACCGGAAUAGAAUCUAAUCUACUGUGAAGAGACUUGGCAUCCUGUCUGAACAAUGAAUAGCAGCUGCUGUGCGUUUGAAGAACCAUUGUUGGACCAAGUUUUACCUCCUAUUCUCCUGUUUGUGUUCAUACUGGGUAUGCUUGGCAACUCUGUUGGAUUGUGGAUGAUCUGCCUUGAGUUUAAAUCCUGGAAGCCCAACUCCAUCUAUCUGUUUAGCUUGACAAUUGCGGAUUUUGUUGUGCUGCUCUGUGUGAUAUUCCGUGCCGACUAUUACCUGAAAGGUAAAGAUUGGGUCUACGGUGACAUAUUUUGCAGACUGCUGCUUUUUACUUUUACUUCUUGCAGAUGUGCUGGUGUGAUCUUCCUGAUGAUAAUUGCUAUUGAUCGCUACUUCAAAAUUCUACUACCUUUCCACAGAAUAAAUAAUAUUACCAUGAAGGAUGCUGCUACUAUCUGUUGUAUGCUGUGGAUGUGCGUGUUUGCACUCUCUUCCUACCUUCUACUGGAUCCACAUUCAUUCAGUGUAAACAAUGCGACACAAUGUGAAAGCUUUAAUAUUUGCCCUAAAAUAUUUUCUGCUGCUGCCUGGCACGAUGUUUUCUUUAUAUUCAUGUCCAUAUUAUCGCUCAGUGUUAUCUCCUACUGCACAGCAUGCAUUACGUUGCAUUUAAAAAACAACACCAUUGACACUAAUGGAAAAGUGAGACGAGCUGUGAAGUUUGUUUUAUCCAUCGCUGUUACAUUCUCAAUUUGCUAUUUACCCAGCACAAUGGUCAGGGUCUAUAUUUGGAUCCUGAAGUUUCAGAAGAAAGAAGAGUGCACACAUUAUAAAGACUCAAACCUUUCAUUUUACAUCACCAUUUGUUUCACUUAUUUAUACAGCAUGCUCAAUCCCAUUGUAUAUUAUUUUUCUAGCACAUCAUACAGUAAUAUUUUCCACAGAUUAUGGAAUAGGUUUUUCAAGGAACAAAUAGUGGCUGCAUGGCAGUUAUGUCUGUCACAGAAAUAG